AUGCAAGUCGUCGCACUCUGGGCUGCCUGGCGGUCGCUCGUCCUCGUCGCCAUGGCCGCGGCUGGCGCUGAAGCGCUACGCUGCGCCAUGUAUCUUACCGGCCAGCACAAUGUGGUGCCUGUGGAUGCAAACUUGACCGCCGACAUCACUCAUGUCGUCCUCGCGUUUAUGAGGUCCGACACCUUCAACGUUGAUCAAUCGCCGCCCCAGUGGCCGCUCUUCACCACCGUCGACCAGGUCCGGCCUCAGUUCACUCCCGGCACCAAGAUCAUGAUUGCCAUUGGCGGAUGGGGCGACUCGCUGGGCUUCGAGGAGGCCGCACGCGAUGCCAAAGCGAGGGACCGUUGGGCAGGGCAGGUCGCAGCCAUGGUGGCUCAGACUGGCGCCGACGGCGUCGACAUUGACUGGGAGUAUCCGGGGGGCAACCGUGACGACUACAAGCAAGUCCCCAACGACAAACGCAAGUGGGAGGUCGACGCGUUUUGUCGACUGCUUGACGCCUUGCGUGCCUCGUUGGGCACGCACAAGAUCCUGUCCAUCGCCGUCCCUGCAUUGGAACGCGACUUGAUGGCCUUUGCCCCCUCCACCGUUCCGCGCAUCAUUCGAAGCGUCGACUUCAUCAAUGUCAUGACGUACGACAUGAUGAACAGGCGAGACACCACGGUCCGCCAUCACAGCGGCGUGGCCGACUCCCGCGAUGCCCUGCAGCGCUACGUGGACCGCGGUGCGCCGCCAGCCAUGCUAAACCUCGGGCUCGGCUACUACGUCAAGUGGUUCAUGACGCAGGACUGCGACUCGGAUCGACCCUUGGGGUGCCGGACGCAGGGCCUCGAGGACCCGGACACGGGCGCCGACACGGGCAAGACGGCCGCCUUCAGCUGGCACGACGAGGUCCCAAGCGAGCUCGCCGAGUCGUUUGCUCGCGCGCGUAGCCGCGGCGCCUACUUUGAGGACGGCAGUUACGGCUACUGGGACGAGGCGGAGAGGCGCUGGUGGUCCUUUGACACGCCACAGACGAUUGAGCGGAAGCUCGCGGAUGUCGUCGGGCCGUUUCACGCGGGGGGCGUCUUUGCCUGGGGCAUCGGCGAGGACGCGCCCGACUUUGCGCAUCUCGCGGCCACCAUGGCUGGAACGAGGCGGCUGAUGAGACGGUCGGAUGAAUCUGCGGGCGUGUCCGCUCGGGACGAGCUGUAA